UCGGGAGAGCUCUAGAAGCGUAGGUUUCCGGUGGUGUAAGGACACAGGCAUGGCGCGCAAGAAAGUGAGACCCCGGCUAAUCGCCGAGCUGGCCCGCCGCGUGCGCGCCUUGCGCGAGCAGCGGAACCAGCCGCGAGACUCGCAGCUCUACGCCCUAGACUACGAGACUCUGACCCGGCCGCAUUCGGGUCGCCGGCUGCCGGUGCGCGCCUGGGCCGACGUGCGCCGUGAGAGCCGCCUCCUACAGCUGCUCGCCCGCCUCCCGUUGUUCGGCCUGGGCCGUCUGGUCACCCGCAAGUCCUGGCUGUGGCAGCACGACGAGCCGUGCUACUGGCGCCUCACGCGUGUGAGGCCCGACUACACGGCGCAGAACUUGGACCACGGGAGGGCCUGGGGCAUCCUGACCUUCAAAGGGAAGAGUGAGGAUAAGGCUCGGGAAAUCGAGCAAGUCAUGUACCACGACUGGCGGUUGGUACCCAAGCACGAAGAGGAGGCCUUCACUGCAUUCACUGCGAAACCAGAGGACGGAUUGAACCCUGUCCCCUACCCACCUCUGCUGCGGGCCAUGAUCCUCGCUGAACGACAGAAAAACGGGGAUACCAGCGUCCAGGAGCCGCUCCUGAACCUGGAGAGGACUCGGGUGCAUCCCUGGGACUACCCUGCAAAACAGGAGACCAAAGGGAAGGCCAAGGGCACCCCAGUCUAACUGCCAGAACGGGCAGAGAAGUCAUGUGAGUCAUUUGAUGGACAAGUGUCUUUGACUGCGCCAGACCUCCCUUUUGGUGGACAGUUCGACCCUACAGCCCUGACACACCUGCCAAUGAAUCGAUGGGGCAGUUGACAGGCUGUCAUUUUCAGGCAGCCUCUUGCUCAUACCUCGGUCUGGAAAUAAACGCACAAAGUGGCC